AUGCGCGCAGCCUUCGCGGGACUCUCGCUCCUGCUGCUGGCGGCGGAACAGAGCGCGCGGGUCUGCACCAUCGUCCAUUAUCUUCUCUCUGGCCGGUAUCUCUGGUGCUGGUUGACCAUUGCCUUGCUUCUACCUGACUAUAUAGUUCAGCUCCUCAGCUUCUCUUGGUUCCGGGCAGAUGGGCACAGAGGCUGCUGCUGUCUGGUGACAGUGCACGUGCUGCAGCUGGGGAUUUGGAAGCGGCAUUGGGACGCUCUGUGGACAGCUGCGAAGGCUGGAGGAAGCUCCAUUGCUGGAGAUCUCCUCAUACAGCUGGGGGACCUGUCAGUUCUGCGGCUCUUGGAAGCCCUGCUGCAGACCUUGCCCCACCUGUUGCUCCAGAGCUACGUUUUUGUAGCGGUGGAACCGACUGGCCUUGUCCCAGGUGUGAGUGCUGGACUUUCCCUGCUCUCCCUCUCCUGGUCUUUAGUCUCUUACAGCCGCUUUACAUGCCUAAUGAAACCAGGUCAUCUCUACAUGCCAGCAGCGGCCCUCCUGUGCCAGUUGUUGUGGAGGACAGGAAUGCUAGGAACGAGGGUCGUGGCCCUGGUGCUCUUUGCCAGAGUCUAUCCUGUCUGGGUUUUUGUCGCAGCAGGUGCUCACUGGCUGGUGAUGUCCUUCUGGCUGGUGUCUCAGCAAACUGACAUCAUAGCGAGUUCCUGUCACUGGAGACUGUUCAACUUCCUGGUGGGGGCCGUGUACAUCUUCUGCUACAUUAACUUCCAAGCUGGCCCCUCCAGGUACAGAGUGGCUGUGUUUUAUGCGAUAAUGCUGAUAGAGAACAUCUUCCUUUUGAUGCUGGCCACAGACCUCCUGCAGGGGGCGCGGCGGGAGAGCCUGUUUAUGACAGGGGCUGUGAUGGCUGGAUUCGUGAUUGGCUCUGCGGCUCUGGUCAUCUAUUACAGUCUGCUACAUCCCAAAUCCACAGAGAUCUGGCAGAGUUUCCUGAAGAAAUCUUGCAGCAUCACAGCUGCAAAGUAUAACGGGACAGAAGGAUCCACUUUCCGGUCCGUAAACGAAGCUGGGGAGAGCUUUGGAAUUUCAGGUCAGGGGGACAUUGUCUCUUCAAAUGCAGAAGUCUCGAAGGUGGUGCAUACCAGGCCUGCUUCUAGAGCACACAGUGAGACCUCACUUGGAGAACUUGAAGGUCAUACUUCUGUGAAAGACACCUGGGUAAACCAUCAUCACUGGCUGUUGGUAAAGCUAGCCUUGAAAACUGGGGAUAUGUCCAAGAUCAACGCAGCCUUUGGAGACGGUGGAAUUGGGGAGCUUUACCCUUCAGGAUGGGUGGCAAGCAAACACUGCAGUGCCGUGCUUGGGCCAAAGACCAAACUUGGCUUUUCUUCGGUGGGAAAAUGCCCUAGAACCCCUAAAGCCAGAGUGGUAGGACAGAGACUUCAGGCAGAAGAGAACAGCGCUGGAGAAAGCCUGAGCAAGAAGGAGACUACUUACGUCACUCUAGCAAGCAGCGAACACAACAUGUGCUCUGUUAGAACAAUGCCAACCCUGCAAGAGGAGCACAGGCCAACACCAAAGGCCCCUGACUGCACAGACUCGAUGAGCAGACGUGAAGCUCAGGUAGACAAAGCGGGAGGCUUGUCUGCUCCUCUCGCUUCAAACAGCAGUGCCAACGGCAGCACUGACUUGGAAGCUGUUGUGGAGCACCCAGAAGGGACAGCUCAGAUGCACGAGAGUCUAACUCUGUACUUCAGUGCCAAUGCAGAGGCCACUGCAUCUCUGAACGGAGGUGGGGGAGCAGCCAGCUGUGUGGCUGAUGGCCUUGUGGAGCUGGUGGAGGACAGCAGGCUCAAGCCUGUACCAGACAACAUCGUAGGUAAAGGAGAGGGCUUCCCCAUUACCAUGGCUAAUAUCAGUCCAAUCCUGGGUGUUGGCACUCCUGGCUUUCUGCAGAGCCGUCCGUCCCUCUGCUGCACCAGUCAGUGCAGUGCACUGAGUUCAUCCGAGGAGACCUCGGAGCUCAUGGAGCAGGCACAGUGCCACCACUGGGGAACCGCGUCCCUUGGGACUUGGGUUGCUGCUGUGAAGAGGAGACUACGGCCAGCUGAGGAACCGUGCUACACGUCCACUCCCAAGGCUGACCCCCCCAGCCAGGACUGCAGGUUGAGGGAGGCAAAGGAGAGGACGAAACUGACGGGAUUGAUGGAGCAAUUGUAA